CGGAAGUUUUGUCCAGCAGCAGCACCAGCCGUCACAGGAGAGACAUGAAUUGUAUCAGGAGCAUUUUGCGGCCACAUGGCCUGCAACGGUGUAUGAAUUGCAUUAGAGCAUCUUUGUGUCUGAAAGGGAGAGGGUGGCUCUAACUUGGAAGCAAUGACUGGUAUCGCCGGCAAGGUAUCGCUUUACAACUUUCACUUUCGAUGUCUUUCACAGCACGCUUCCUCCGAUCUGAAGAUACAAAGCAUGAGGAAGCCCGAAAAUACUGAGCUUUUUUUGUUCACCACCGGGCAUCCCGGACAAAAAUGAUUACUUCUGCCUUCGUGGGUUGGAAUGGCCAUCACGAAUGCGUGAUUGAUAUACAGCAGUUAAAUGUAGCGGUUCGCUGUCCGAGUACGAUGCCUUAUGACCUAGGUGAUGAUCUCAUAUUCAACUUUCACAGAUUUGACCAAUCUCGCAGCGUUCAUGAAAUGUCUUCAAAGGUCCUUUUCCGCCGAGUGGCGCUUCUUACUCUCGGGCGACGCGCCCCUGCGUCCGUGUCGCAACGGCCGCUCACUACACAGCAAAAGGCGAUUGUCAAGUCGACAAUCCCCGCACUCCAAGAGCAUGGCGUGACGAUCACCACCCUCUUUUACAAGCGUCUGCUUGAGGCGCAUCCAGAACUAAAAAACAUCUUCAACACCGCGCAUCAAGCAACGGGGGAGCAGCCGGCAGCCCUGGCGCAUGCUGUGUGGGCGUACGCAUCUAACAUCGACCAACCCGAGGCCCUAAGUACGGCCGUGUCUCGCAUUGGACACAAACAUGCCAGUUUGGGCGUCAUGCCCGACCAUUAUCCGGUCGUCGGUGAGCAUCUUCUGGUCGCAAUUAAGGAUGUCCUGGGACCGGCCGUCGACGAGGAAACACCCGGCGGCUGGGUAGGAUGGCGGAAAUUCUUCGUCUCUCAGAAGACCUCCGAGAGCGAAGAGAUUGUUUCCUUCUACCUUCGCCCCGUCGACCAGGGCGCUCUGCCCGAGUACCACCCCGGCCAGUUUGUCAGCGUACGAUGCUAUGUUCCCGAGCUGGGCUCCUAUCAACCGCGGCAGUAUAGCCUGUCGGACAUCCCGAACGGCCAACACUUCCGGAUCUCCGUCAAGCGGGAGAUGGCGAACGAUUCGAGACCAGCCGGUCGGAUCUCGAACGUUUUGCACGAGUCACUGCCCAUCGGCGCGGAACUGGACGUGAGUAUGCCGUCCGGCGACUUCGUGCUCGAUAUCAACGCCACCACUCCCGCCGUGCUGAUCAGCGGUGGCGUGGGCCUGACGCCCAUGAUGUCGAUGCUGAAAAGCAUUGUCGGCCAACAAGGUCCGUCUCGGCGGGUGGUGUUCAUCCAUGCGGCACGGAACGGGCGCGUCCACGCCAUGAAAACCGAUCUGAACCAGAUCGUUGCGGAGAAUCCGAUGGUGAGCCGCAUAGUCUUCUAUGAAAAUGCCGACGCAGACGACACCCGCGGUGUGGAUUACGAUCAUACUGGGCGCGUGGACUUGGCUCGGAUCCAAGGUGAAGCUGUUCUGCCUGAUGCAGAUUACUACAUCUGUGGGCCGCAACCUUUCAUGAAGGCGCAGAGCAAGUGCUUGGAGGCAUUGGGUGUGCUACCGGACCGCAUCCACAUGGAGGUUUUCGGCUCUCCGCGUGAUUGAGCGACAUAUCAGAUGCCUGUUGUCAUAGGGAACUAGGUGGCCCAUGUACUUGAGCUCUGUAUUUUUACUCAAAAGGGAGAGCGGAGAGAAAGCGGUGUCUAUUGAAUUUCGUGCAUAAGAAGAUGUCGAGCCAAGGUGCAGAAUCAUAUGCGCCGCCAGUAGUACAAUUCUGGAAGAUAUCUCAAGGGUGGCCAUGAGUUGCCAGGAUUAUCUGGCCAUAGUAGCACAUAC